AUGGUGCAAUGUAAGAAAUGCAAACUGUUUCUAUCUUUGGCUAAAGAGGAUGUAGUGAGAUGUAAGGGAGAAUGUGAAAAUGUUUACCAUAAAAAAUGUGUAAAUAAAAAGUUCCUAAGUAGUAUGCUCUGCGACGACUGCCAGACAAAUAAAAGCAGCCCUAAACAGUCCGUAGAUGAUACGAAAAUCACAUUAAAUCCUAGUGAAGAGUCUGGAGAUUACGUUUUGGCUGAGGUAAAUAAAAAGUUAGCGGUGAUUUAUAGCGUGGAGAAGAAAAUAGAAGAACUUACCAACGGUGUUGAAUUCUAUGCUGAUAUGUAUCAGAAAUUACUUGAUUUUAAAGAAGAAUCUCAAAAGAAAAUUAAGGCAUUAGAACAAAAAAAUGUAUAUUUGGAGAAAUGUAACAAGGCAUUAGAAGAACGGGUACAGGAGUUGGAAAUGAAAGAUAAAGAGAAAAAUAUUGAAAUUCACGGAUUAGAGAAACAAGAAAACGAAAAUACUAUAUUAGUAGUCCAAAAAAUGGCAGAGAAACUAAAUCUAGACCCAAAUGAAAUUCAAGAUGCACAGAGGGUAGGACAUGUAAAACCGGAUGACGCAAAGCCGAAGACUGUGUUGGUCACGCUUCGAUCGAAAUCUGCUCGCAACAGCUGGAUGCUUGUAAAGAAAGAAACCAAAAUAACGAAUAAUAAAGUCUAUGAUAAUGGCAGUGAAAAGCGAAUAUACAUUAACGAAGAUUUACCAAAAUACAAACGACAGCUUCUUUGGACUGUAAGAAAUAAACUCAAGCCGAAAGGUUUUCAAUAUAUUUGGGUGCAGAAUGGUAGUGUCCUGGUCAAAAAGAAUAGUGAAGAAAAAAAGAUUUACAACAUUAGAUCGGAGGAAGAUUUGCAAAAGUUCGAUGAAUGUAAAUAA